UCUCCUCCCUGUCGCUUCGGUGGGUCAACUGGGGACAGCGCGGGUGUGUGUGGAGGGACGGGCCGCUGGGGUCGGGACCGGGGACCAGCCGCUCAGCCGCCCGGUAAAACACGGCAGGUAUUCCGCCGUGAGGGGAGAGCCGGCGAGGCGUCACCCUGCAAAUGUUGAGUGGCUCCACACAGUUAAGUCAUAAUAACUUGGCAAAUGGAUGUUCUGCUUCCGGGCUGGCAAUCUAGAAUACCAUUGGUGUCUCUCAUUUGAUCUCUCAUGCCCAGGUGGUGUGAACACCAACGACAGGAUGACCACUGACCCGUAAUGCCAAGCAAUAUGUCAGGUUAUAUACCAAGUUAUCUGGACAAAGAUGAACUUUGUGUUGUGUGUGGUGACAAGGCCACAGGCUAUCAUUACCGUUGCAUCACCUGUGAAGGAUGUAAGGGCUUCUUCAGGAGAACCAUACAGAAAAACCUUCAUCCAACUUACAGUUGUAAACACGAAGGGAAAUGCAUCAUCGAUAAAGUAACAAGGAACCAAUGUCAAGAAUGCCGGUUCAAGAAGUGCAUUGCUGUUGGCAUGGCAACUGACUUGGUGUUGGAUGACGGUAAACGGCUAGCAAAACGUAAGCUAAUAGAAGAAAACAGAGAGAAGAGGCGUCGAGAGGAGCUGACAAAAACACUUGUUAAUAAACCUGAACCAACAGAAGAGGAAUGGGAACUUAUACGAGCAGUUACAGAGGCACAUGUGGCCACCAAUGCUCAAGGAGACCAUUGGAAACAGAAACGAAAAUUUCUGGCAAGUUCCUUGGCAACGGGCGAAAAAUUAGGCUCCCCUGAGGAAAUUGGGCAAGCACCGAUAAUGAACGCGCCUGAAGGGAGCAAGGUGGACCUGGAGGCCUUCAGUGAGUUUACAAGAAUUAUCACACCCGCAAUUACAAGGGUGGUUGAUUUUGCCAAAAAGCUACCAAUAUUCUGCGAGCUACCGUGUGAAGACCAGAUAAUCCUUCUGAAAGGCUGUUGUAUGGAAAUCAUGUCCCUCAGAGCAGCAGUCCGUUAUGACUCUGAGAGUGAGACUUUAACUUUGAAUGGUGAGAUAGCUGUAAAACGAGAACAGUUAAAAAAUGGAGGCCUUGGUGUCGUAUCUGAUGCAAUCUUUGAUCUGGGAAUAUCUCUGUCUGCAUUCAACUUGGACGACAGCGAGGUGGCUCUACUCCAGGCAGUGCUUUUGAUGUCUUCAGAUCGACCUGGCCUUACCAGCAUAGACAAGAUAGAAAAAAUCCAGGAGUCCUUCCUCCUUGCAUUUGAACAUUACAUUAAUUAUCGCAAACACAACGUUGCCCACUUUUGGCCAAAACUACUGAUGAAGGUGACAGACCUGCGAAUGAUCGGAGCCUGCCAUGCAAGCCGCUUUCUUCAUAUGAAAGUGGAAUGUCCAACAGAACUUUUUCCACCAUUAUUCCUGGAGGUCUUUGAAGAUUAGGAAGUUAACUUCGAACAGCUGCACUACCCUAAUAUCUGUAAACUGCAUUAGCACUACUGAGCGAUGUUUAAUUGCACUUCACAGAGUACCUUUUUCCAGAAAUGUUGGGGAAACAUUCCAUUAAUGCGGGUACUAGUGAUUUUGUGAAGGUAGAUUUUUUUGUACACAUUUUCACUUACCUUGUGGACUGAUGUUGUUCAUGUUUGUUUUCAGAUGAGAUGAUAUGGUAUAAUAUUGUUUGUGGUAAGGAACUCCAAACUCCAGUGUCAUAUAUGAGUUUUCUCCUGCAUGGAUUUUAAUGGAAUUUAAUAUGAUUAAAUGCACUGCAGCUAUUGUUGCAGGCAAGUCACUGUAGCCCAAGGCUUAACUAAUUUGAUAUUUUUAGGGAAAUUGCAGAAUAGUUCUGAGGUGAAAAAUGUUCUUUAACUGGAACCAAAAUUCAAGUGUAAGGAAGAUAACUGCUAGAAUCCCUCUCCUCCACCAACAUCUGAACCAUAUUCCUUUCAGUAUUUAUUCAUUGUUCAUGUACAUAUCCAAGACUGUGAAUUAAGGGGAUAAAUAGAUGCAGUUAAAGUGUGCUGUGCAGGUCAAACAAACAUGAAUAAAUUAGCAUCUACAAAACUUCAGUACAUUUCAGUAAGAAUAAAGUCUGAACAACAGAAUGACUUAACGAGUUACCCAACAGCAUUCUCAACCAAGUUGCCAAUUCUAGCAGCACAUGUUGUACAGAUUGUUCUACAAGUAGACAGUUCCAAUCAGACAGAUUGAAGAGGCAGCCAGAAUAUUCAAGUGGAAACAUUCACAAUUUGAGUCAUAAGGAUUUCUUUUCCAAGAUUGGAGUUGAAGGUAGAUGGGGGGGAGGGAAAGGACUCAAACCUAGCUUUGGUUAUGCUGCAUCUUUCUGAAAGUGUUUGACACUGGUCUUGAAUACCAGCAAUGGAAAAGCAUCUUUCCCUCAACGCUGACAUCAUUAAUUUGGCCUGGGUAUUCAACUGAUGUCAAGAGUGGAGAAGAAUUUCUCUGCAUGUGUUAGAAUAUCGUUGCUAAAUCCAGCAGCUGUCUUUCAGGAACUUUUUUAUUGGGAACGUGCCUGUGCAAAAUCCACCUCUUACCAAAUAGAUAAUCUAAAAUAAUCCUUUUAAUGAGCUUUUAUCCAUUUCUGAAUAUCAUAAACAAUUUCCCACAGCUUGAGAAAGCUUAUUUAUACGGUGCUAACCAGUGGUGCUCUCAUGCCUCCUGUGAAUGGAGCUAUAACUUCUGCAGCUUUUCUCUUCAAACUGUGGGAAUAAAUAAUAGCGUCAAAAAUGUCAGUAUAUAUGCCUUGAUACUGAGAUCCUUAUAGUGCCAUGUAUAUUCUUCAGAAGUAGCAGUAAUGCAUUCUCUUUGCAAAUACAGUAGUUCUUGAUCAAUGUUGCUGACGAGAACUUCAGGAUUGAAGCCUUGUAGACUCAGUCUUUCUCCUAGACCAUUUUCCCAUGUUCUACCGAUAAUGUUUUGCUGAGUGCACCUUUCAGCGCACCCUUCUGUUUUAUCUGAUAGGAUCACGUCAAUCGAAAAUUGAAGUUCGGUGCAGAAUUUUCAAAACAAAAACAUAGCCAGUCUUCUGAAAUGGAAGGUUGUUUCUGGCACCACUGAAUAAGAGCUAUUGUGCUCCUGAUUUUUUCCCCCACCUGAAGUACUGCUUCUACCUAAAAUGAAGCUUGCAGUACAGCAAGAAAAAAUACAACAAAAUUGUGUCUAAAUGAGAUGAAGAGAUAAAAGUAAGAGGGGGAGACUCUGAGGGGUGAAACCUCAAAGGAUAUGAAGUGAUUAAGCAUUACUUUUAAGAAAGAAUUUUUCCCAAGAUUUUAAAAAGUCUUGCCCUCCUAACAGGGCUGGAUUGGGAUAUUGCAUACACUUUGUCAGUUCUUGGUAGUCAAGUUGAAUAAUUUUGUAAAAUAAUAGAUAGUAAAUCCAAAUGACCAUUAGUCAUGACUUCGCUGAACUCACGAGCUGAGAAUAUUGAAUGCACAGACAAUCAGGAUACAAUAAACUGUGUAGGGAGCCAGAAUUCUAAUUUUUAUAUGUGAAAUACAUUAAUUAAUAUUGAAUGAUAUAACUAAGGAAAACAAGCCACUUUUAUAGAAUCUUACCAGAUGUUUGCACAGUUAAUUAAAUUUAUGAUAUUUCCUUGAUAUUUUUAAUAAAAACGACCACUUGAAAAAAAUAGAAUUUAAAGAAAUGAAGCAAAAGUCACCUUUCCAAUCUCGUUACAAUCAUGUUUAAAUGAUAAAUAUUUAAUUGUUAUGUAAAUACGAUGGUAUGUUUGUGCUGUAAUGUCCAUUGUGUGAGGAAGAUUGCGAUAACAAAAUGUGGCAAAUGAGCCUCAAGUUUGCACUGUAAGGGAAUGUAAUUUGGUUUGUGUUCUGUUCAAGCAGCUGUUAAAUCUGUACAGAAAUA